CGACACAACUUACUUGUUAUCAGGUUGCUUCGCCUAAAACGGGGGCACGGCGAGUCUUUACUUGUCCCGGUUUUGGCAAUAGUACUUUUCUAACAUCUUUCUCUAGCUACGUCGGCAGAUUCGCUUCGACCACGCUGAAAUAGCUGAUCUUAAAAACACCAGCAGGUCCAGUACCGAUUAGGUCCCGGUGAGCCCUAGAGCCAGGUGGAGGAUGCAGGCACUCUGGGGUCGGAGCGCGAAAGACACAUACGGUGGAGUUGAAUUCUGGCACACUCCAGAGCGUUGUGGCUGGCUACAAAAACAAGGCGAAUAUAUCAAGACAUGGCGGCGCAGGUGGUUUGUGAUGAAGCAAGGGAAGAUCUUCUGGUUCAAAAGUGACGUAGUGACGCCCGACUCCGUCCCGCGUGGCGUCAUCGAUGUCAACAAGUGUCUGUCCAUCAAGGGCGCGGAGGACACGCUCAACCGCGCCAACGCCUUUGAAAUCUCCACGCAGGCGGAGAGCAUGUACUUUAUCGCAGAUAGCGACAAGGAGAAGGAGGACUGGAUCAACGCCAUCGGGCGGGCCAUUGUGAAGCACUCCAGGAGCCUGCUGGAGCACGAUCGCCCCGACUACACCAACACCUGAGCAGGGGGACUCCUGAAGGGGGGGGCACCUGAAGGAGGGGGACACCUGAGCAGGGGGACUCCUGAGGAGGGGGGCACCUGAAGGAGGGGGACACCUGAGCAGGGGGACUCCUGAGGAGGGGGGCACCUGAAGGAGGGGGACACUUGAGCAGGGGGACUCCUGAGGAGGGGGGCAACUGAAGGAGGGGGACACCUGAGCAGGGGGACGCGAAGGGUUUCGCAGCAGCAGUUGUGGUGAAAAGGGCUAACGGGGCCGGUACUAUAUGGUGGUUGCUGUUGAAAGCGGUAACCGUGUUCGACAGCGGCGUGCUGCCAAGGGUAAGGUCCGGGGAGCGGGGGGGAUUCGGCAGGAUGCGCUUUAUAGUCGUGUGCGUGUGUACAGUGUGUCUGUGCUUACUAUCCUGGGAGUGGAGUUACGCUUGGGAGUGAGUUAUAAUGCUCCUGGGCAGGUCGUGUAAGAGCAUACAAUUGAUGGAGAUGGGAGGAGGACAUGGCAGCACGCAGUGUUGAGCACCGAAGCUAAAUACCGGUAGUACUUGGGUUUGGUUUAUGAACCUCCGGUACUUCUUGUGAGGAUAGCCGGCGCAGUUGGGUGGCCCCUGGAUUGAGCGCUUGCGGGGUUGGUGUUGCCGUUGCAUGUAUUGGGUGGCUUUGAGGCAGCUAGCAUUGUAUUGGGUUGGAUGCAGUGGGGCAGGGAAGACAGUAGGCAGUUGAUAAUGGCUGUCUGCGCAACAGGAAGGUUGGAAGGUGCUGAUGGGGAUGUUCUGGAGGAAUGUUGCAGGUUGAACGUCUGGUGGCUGUGUAGAGUACGGCCGUUUGUUCGUACACGCUGGUCAGGGAAUGUUCGAUAUGCAUUCCCAGCAAGGCUGGUCUGCCAAUUGGGUUCAAUGGCUUAGUCUGGGCUAUCUUGGCAAAUGCUCGGGCCGGAUGGGUGUCUUGCAAGCUCAGUUGAUUGGGAAGUCACCUGCUAUUUUGCCUUUAUCUGCAUAAGCUUUGCACAUCCUUAGUCGUGCAUAUGUGUGUUCCAGGAUUGCUUCUCGGCAGGGCGCACCGGGCAGGGCGACAUUGCAUUGCUGAGGAAAGUAGCAGAGAAGGCUAGGAGUGCCGUGAUCUGCGCACCGCGCCUAAAUGUAGAGAAAAGCUGAACAACGGGCCAGCGAUGAGCAUACCUAGGAGCAAACGCCGCUCAUGCAGUACGGCGGAGGUAUUCACGCCAACCGAUCGUCAACCGGCGCGCAUGUUGUGACAGCCGGCCUCUUCCACGUUCCCGACUUGCGUUUUGGCGGUUAAUCGCAUCUUUGUCCUGUGCUUUAGUGGGAACUCUUGGGCGUUCGCUUACUUCCGUGUCUUCGCCGCCAACUUUUACGCGCACACGUCCUUCGGUCCAGUACCCGCUAUUGCAUAUCUAGGACAAGAUGCAGAACGGCCUUACCGAGUCCGUUUAUGACGGCUUUACUGCCCAGCAGCUGUUCAACCAGGGCGUCUGCUAUACCUACGAUGAUGUCAUCUUCCACCCGGGGCACAUCUACUUCCCAGCCCAUGAGGUGGACCUGACAUGCAACGUCACAAAGAACAUUAAGCUGCGCGUGCCUAUUGUCAGCUCACCCAUGGACACGGUGACUGAGGCGGAGAUGGCCAUCACCAUGGCUUCGCUGGGUGGCAUGGGCUUCCUGCACUACAACAACACGCUGGAGGAGCAGCUGCGGCAGGUGCAGAAGGCCAAGAGCCACACGCCCGGCUUCAUCGUGACGCCGGCCGUGCUAAGCCCCACCGACACCGUCAGCAAGCUGUACGACCUCAAGGCCUCCCGCGGCUUCAGCAGCGUGUGUGUGACUGACAGCGGCAGCCUGGGCGGGCGGCUGCUGGGGCUGGUGACCACCCGCGACUUCGACUUCGUGACCGACCGCAUGACGCCCCUGGCGGAGGUCAUGACCACCGACCUGGUCACCGCGCCGGAGGGCACCACCCCCGAGGCCGCCGCUGAGCUGCUCAAGAAGAUCAAGAAGAACAAGUUGCCCAUCGUGAAUGCGGCGGGAGAGCUGGUCGGCCUGGCCACCCGUGCCGCCGCCAAGGAGUCCCGCAGCCUGCCCGCCCCGGGUGCCCCCUCGCUGGACUCCGCGGGGCGGCUGCGAGUGGGUGCGGCGGUGGGCACCCGGGAGAGCGACAAGGAGCGCGUGCGGGCGCUGUGGCAGGUGGCGGGGGUGGAUGCGGUGAUCCUGGACAGCAGCCAGGGCGACUCCACGUACCAGAUCUCCAUGAUCCAGCACAUCAAGGCCAGCCACCCCGGCCUGGACGUCAUCGCCGGCAACGUGGUCACCGGCGCACAAGCCCGCCGCCUCAUCGAGGCUGGCGCCGACGGCCUGCGUGUGGGUAUGGGCUCGGGCUCCAUCUGCACCACGCAGGAGGUGUGCGCGGUGGGGCGCGGGCAGGCCACCGCGGUGUAUCACGUGGCGCGGGUUGCGAACGCGCUGGGGGUCCCCAUCAUCGCGGACGGGGGCAUCCAGAACUCGGGUCACAUCACCAAGGCGCUGGCGCUGGGCGCGAGUGCGGUGAUGUGCGGCAGUCUGUUCGCGGGCACAACGGAGGCGCCCGGGGAGUACUUUACCCUGAAUGGACAGCGGGUCAAGAAGUACCGCGGCAUGGGCUCCCUGGAGGCGAUGGCCAAGGGCAGCGAGAGCCGCUACCUGUCCGACACGCAGGCUCUCAAGAUCGCACAGGGCGUGUCGGGGGCGGUGAAGGACAAGGGCAGCGUGCGGCGGACGGUACCCUUCCUGGCGCAGGCGGUCAAGCAGGGAUUCCAGGACCUGGGCGCCAACUCCAUCUCCGCGGCUCGGGAGCUGCUGUACGGCGGCGGCAUGCGGGUGGAGGCGCGCACCAACGCGGCGCAGGCGGAGGGCAAUGUGCAUGACAUGGUGGCCUUCGAGAAGCGGCCCUGGUAAGCGGCGCGACCAGCUGGUUGUGGGGGUGGAGUGGAGGCGGUGUAGGUGGAUGGCUGGUUGGACGGCUGGAUGGUUCGGCUAGGAAAGACUCUACUAGCGUGUUGGAGGGGUGCUUGGGUGGAGACCUAUGGAGCGCAGGAUGACUGGUUGGCCUGUCACGCUAGGCAUGGAAACGCGCGGGAAGGCGGUGGUUUGGAGCUUGGCUUGGUUUUGUGUAAGCUGCGUAGUCGUACAUGGUGACAGCAGGGAGGUCGAGGUAAUUGGUGUAUGUGUAUGGCUUGCAUGCAGCUAUUCGCAGGACCCGGGGGUUGAGAGGUGACGUGCGUUUGCCGCGCGCUGCUUGCGUCGUUGUGGGCGAGAGGGCAUGUAGGUUCGUGUAUAUAGCUUGGCGAUGUGAAGGGGAAUUGUGUCGAGGAUAGAGUCCAGGCGGGCGCACGGUAGCAUGGCGCCGAAGUGCGUUGUGUGGUAGAGCAAAGCGCGUAAGGCUCGGGCUGAGGUCGGGAUGCAUGUUGGCCUAGGUGGUCUGGUGUCUCUUGGGACAACUGGUCAACUUUCAGAUAUCGCCGUUUGAAUCCGAGCUGUCAACUUAGACAGCGUGAUGGCGCAUCCAAGGGGUUGCUUUA